AUGGAGGAAUCAGUCGCAAGUUGGCCUGAAGCAGAAAGAGAUGCUGAUGCCUGCCAAGCGACUCUGUUGACUUUCGAUGAGGUUGCUGUGUCUUUCUCCCCGGAAGAGUGGUCCCUGCUGGAUCCUGACCAAAAAGCCCUGCACAAGCAAAUCAUGGCGGAGAUCCAUGAGAUCAUGGUCUCUCUAGCAGAAAACUGGAGGAAAACAUAUGUCUGUGCUCAGUAUGGGAAGUGUUCCAGUCAUAAACUGGAUUUUAACAGGCAUCAGCAAGCUGAAUAUACAGAAGAGGAAAGUUAUACCAGAGUAUCUGGAAAAUGUUUUCCACAAGAUCCAUCAGUUGUGCCUCAGAAGAGGGUCCUUGCAUGUGAAGUUUCUGUGGAUGAUUUUGAUUAUAGAUCCUACGACGUGAAACACCAAAAAACCUGCACAAUAAAGAAGACACACCAAUGCCAGGAGUGUGGCAAAUGUUUUAACUACAAUUCACUACUUAUGACACAUCUGAAAGUGCACACAGGAGAGAAACCCUACAAAUGCCAGUGUGGGAAAUGCUUUGCUCGGAAGACAUGGCUUGUGAUUCAUCAGAGGGUGCAUACAGGGGAGAAGCCGUACAAGUGCCAGGUGUGUGGGAAAGGAUUUCCUCAGAGUUCUUCUCUUCUAGGCCAUCAAAGAGUCCACACAGGAGAGAAACCAUACAAGUGCCAGGAGUGUGUAAAAUGUUUUGGCUACAAGUUGCAUCUCGUGAGGCAUCAGAGAACCCACACAGGCGAAAAGCCCUACAAAUGUCAGGAGUGUGGCAAAUGUUUUCUUGUAAAAGCAGACCUUGUAAAGCACCAUCGGGUCCACACAGGAGAGAAACGACACAAAUGCCAAGAGUGUGGGAAAUGUUUUACUGAGACUUCAGGCCUUUUGAUCCACCAAAGAGUUCACACAGGAGAAAAACCCUAUAAAUGUCAGGAGUGUGGCAAAUGUUUUGCUCAGAAUUCACACCUUAUAAGCCACCAGAGAAUCCACACUGGAGAGAAACCAUAUCAAUGCCAGGAGUGUGGGAAAUGCUUUUCUUGGAAUUCAGUCUUUGCGAGGCAUCAGAAAAUCCACACAGGGGAGAAACCAUAUACAUGUCAACAGUGUGGUAAAUGCUUUUAUCAUAAUUCACAACUUGUGCGGCAUCAGAGCAACCAUGCAGGAAGCAAACCACACAGAUGUGAGAUGUGUGAAAAAUGUUUUGUUCAAAAAGCUGACCUUGUGAAGCAUGAGAGGAUACACACCGGAGAGAAACCAUAUAAAUGCCGGGAUUGUGUGAAGUGUUUUGCUCAGAAUACACACCUUUUACGCCACCAGAGAGUUCACACAGGAGAGAAACCAUAUCGGUGCUGUGAGUGUGGGAAAUGUUUUGCUCAAAAAAGAAGCCUUGUGAACCACCAGAAAAUCCAUAUAGGAAAACCAUAUAAAUUUGGGAGUGUGGCAGAUGUUUUGGUUCCAUUUUGCAUCUUGUGAGCCACACAAUUGAAAAAUGCUUCCAAUGCCAGAUGGGAAGAAAAUGUUUGACUCAGAAAAACAUACCUUGUGAUGCAUCAAAAGAAUGCACAUGUGAGAGAAACCAUAAAAAUGUUUGCAGUAUGGGAAGUCUUUUGCUAUAAAUGUAAUUCUGGUGAUACACGAGAGUCUACUCAAGAGAGAAACCACUCAAAUGCUAGGGAUGUAGCACUUCCCUGUCAAGUAGCUCUUCUAAUGGAAUCUUUUAGUACUUAGCACAUCUUUUCUCUUCAGAUUAAAGGAAAUUUUAUUUUUAUAAAUCUGUCUUCCUACAAAGCCAUAUAAAAUUAUGUCUCUCUCCCAAUGUACCAGAUUGUCUGAAAUAAUAUUGUGUGGAAACUAUUGUCU